AUGGAGACUUCCAACGAUCGAAUCGGCAAGCCAUUGGUGCUCAUUGGCACCUUCGCUGUACUGUCACUUGCCUACUUUGUUGGCACUCUCGUAUACAAUGCCUUCUUUCACCCACUCAGCAAGAUACCCGGACCCAAGCUCAAUGCAUUGUCAAGAGUGCCGUACAUUCGCCAUCUGCUAAAAGGCUCGACUGUUGAUAAUGCUGUCGACCUCCACAAGAGAUUUGGCGAGGUUGUGCGCAUCUCACCCAAUGAGGUCUCAUUUACUUCAGGCGAGACCGCCUGGCCAGAGAUCUACGGCUUUCGAACUGGAAAGAUGAAGGGACAUUUGAACAUGCAAAAAGACCCUGUAUGGUAUCCAAGGCCACUCAACGGCGCUCCAAGCAUUCUAAUCGCCAACGACGAUGAUCAUGCGCGCGGACGAAGGAUCCUCUCGCACGCGUUCAGUGAGAAGGCACUCUCUGAACAGGAGCUCCUACUCCAGCAAUACGUCGAUCAACUCGUCGACAGACUGAAGGAAGUCACGUCACAAUCUUCACAGCCUCAGGAUAUGACGAAGUGGUACAACUGGAUCACAUUCGACAUCAUUGCCGACUUGAUGUUCGGGGAACCAUUCGGUUGUCUCCAAGACUUGUCGACCCACAAAUACAUCACGCUGCUCUUCCGAUCAAUGAUGGGAUUCAAGUUCGGCUACAUCUUGAGCUACUGGCCAUGGGCGAAGAAAUUCGGCAGCCUCAUCAUCGACCCGAGCGCCCUAGAGAAGCGUAAAGAGUUCCUCAACUGGAUCCACGGUCAGGUUGAAAAGCGAAUCGAGAGGGAGACCCAGCGACCUGACUUUAUGACCCACAUUCUCGCCCACAACGGCGAGAAAGGUGCGACGCUCUCGCGUGACGAGAUCGACUCCAACGCAAACUUGAUCCUCGUGGCUGGUUCGGAGACGACAGCGACCCUCCUCUCUGGCGUCACCUACUGCCUUCUCACCAACCCAGACAAGAUGGAGAAGCUCAAGCAAGAAGUUCGAGGCCGAUGGAACGACUACAACGACAUCACCCUUGCUGAAGUUAAUAAUGCGCCGUAUCUCCUCGCCGUUCUUAACGAAGCCCUUCGCUACUUCCCUCCUGUUCCAGCUGGCUUCGAGCGCCGCGUCGGCAAAGGUGGCGAAUUCGUCUCAGGAUACUACCUCCCCGAAGGCACAGCUGUAUCUGUCUCGCAGUAUCCCGCCUACCACUCCGAGUCCAACUUCAAGAACGCCGAAUCCUUCGUGCCAGAACGCUGGAUGGACACCCCUGAAUACGCCAACGACAAGAAGAGCGUUCUCCAACCCUUCUCCUUUGGCCCAAGAAACUGUAUCGGUAAGAACCUGGCCUACGCCGAGAUGCGCCUCAUCCUCGCCAAGGUCAUCUGGUCCUUCGACAUGCAGCUCGAUCCCCAAGACCGCGACUGGGUCCAUCGCUGCAAUGUGAUGACGUUGUGGAACAAACCGCCCUUGAACGUCCACGUCAAGGAGGUGGUGCGGUGA